UUUAUCAUAUCUAGUACUAUUCUGUUUCAAAUUCUACACGCACGUGUUUCCAAAUCGCUGUUACAAUAUGAUUAUAUUAUUACUGAUACUUUGUGUAAUGGUUAUAUAUUUCUAUAGCAACAGAAAUCACGACUACUGGUCGAAAAGAAAUAUUAAACACGACCCACCAUUACCGCUCAUCGGAAAUCAUUUUCAAAACCAAUUCGCUUUGAAAAGUAUCACCGAUAUCACUGUUGAAUUGUACAACAAAUACCCCAAGGAGAGAGUCGUCGGAUACUACAGAUGGAGUACACCGGAACUCAUAAUAAAAGAUCCUAAAAUAGUGAGGCACAUUCUAAAUGUGGAUUUCGCACAUUUUUAUCCCAGAGGUCUUGGCAGAAAUCCGAAUGUAGAACCAUUACAUGCUAACUUAUUUCACGCCGAUAACGAUACUUGGAAACUCUUAAGACAAAGAAUCACUCCCGCGUUUACUACAGCGAAAUUAAAAAAAAUGUUCCCGCUAAUAGUAAAUUGUGCAGAGAAGUUACAAGUGGUUGGUAAGGAUAUUGUAUCUCGUGGAGGAGAGUGUGAUGUACGUGAGCUGAUGGCACGGUUCACUACGGAGUUCAUAGGGGCUUGCGGGUUUGGAAUUGAAAUGGAUACCAUUAAUAACGAACACUCACUAUUUCGAGACUUGGGUAAAUUAAUUUUUAAUAGAACAAUAACUGACGUCAUACGACUGAUGAUAUGGGAAGGUUUCCCAAUAUCCAGAAAUUAUUUACCUGUUACAAGUUCUGAUAUAGAAAAUAUCAUAACUGAUAUUGUUACAAAAAUAAGGGCUCAAAGAAAUUACAAACCUUCUGGUCGCAACGAUUUCAUAGACUUAUUAUUAGAAUUGGAAAGCAAGGGUAAAAUUAAGGGUGAUUCUAUCGAGAGACGAAAUCCUGAUGGUACUCCAAUAGAAGUAGAAAUGGAGAUGAACCUGAAGUAUAUAAUAGCGCAAGUAUUCGUAUUUUUCGCAGCAGGAUUUGAAACUUCCUCUUCGGCUACAAGCUUCACGUUACAUGAACUAGCUUACAAUCCAGAUAUUCAAACUAAAAUUCAAGAAGAAAUUGACCAAGUAUUAUUAAAAUACGAUAACAAGUUAUGUUACGAUGCAGUAACAGAAAUGUCUCUACUGGAUAUGUCCUUCAAGGAAGCAAUGAGGAUUUUUCCCUCUCUUGGAAUUUUGAACAGAGUAUGUGCCAAACGAUAUACGAUUCCAGAACUAAACGUCACCAUAGAUCCAGGAGUCAAGAUUAUAAUUCCAAUUCAAGCGAUUCAGAAUGAUGAGAAAUAUUUUGACAACCCCACAGAGUUCAGACCCGAAAGGUUCACGCCUGAAGCGGUAAAAAGUCGUCAUCACUAUACAUACUUACCAUUUGGAGAAGGACCACGGGCGUGUAUUGGCGCUCGAUUGGGCCAUAUGCAGUCUCUGGCUGGUUUAGCUGCCAUCCUGCGCACCUUCACCGUCGAACCGUCGGAUGCCACUCUUCGACGACCUGUUGUCAACCCGCGCUCCAAUGUCGUGCAAGGAGUUAAGGAAGGAAUUCCUCUGAAACUAAGACUCCGAUGAUACAACUAUGUAUUUAUUGUAAUAAUUAUGCGUGUUAUUACGUA